AGAAUUUUUAACAUUAUUCAUAUUAUUUUCAUAACACACAAUAAACAAAUUAUUUGCAGAAAUAAUGAGGUCAUAUAAUUGUAUACAAUUAAAUAAAUUUUAAUUAGGUAUUUACAUGAACUUAUUUUUCUUCUAAAAUUAGUGUUACAGCUUAAAAAAUGUUUAUUAACAUUAACAUGUCUUUGAAAAACUUUUACAGAUAACGAACGAAAAAAAAACAUUUUACCUUAAUUGAGAAAUUAACAUUAAAACAGAGUAUCUAUUGCAAUUUAAAACUCUUAAAUUGUAAUAAAAACUAAAAGUAUUAUAUAAUCAUUCGAAGUAGCCUGAUAAGAAACACGAUUCUCAUCAGUAGUGGCAACUGGCAAGUUAAGUUUCUAAAAUCGAAAAUAUUAUCAUAACGUUAUGUAACAUGGUUUAGAAUGGUUUUCAUUUACCCAUGAUUCAUCAACUUUAAUUGUUAAUUCGCUAAAAUUAAAAUGUGUUCUAUAUUAGUUACUGGUGCAAAUAGAGGAAUAGGACUUGGACUAGUGAAAAAAUUACUAUCAAAUGAAACAUUUAAGGUGGAGAACGUAUUUGCAACAUGUAGAGAUACAGGAAAAGCUAAGGUAAUUAUGAUACUUACUAGAUACAAUAGGAGCCAUUCUAAUAUAAUAUUGGCGUUUAAACUGCACACAAAUACACACACUAUAUUUUUAUUAUCUUAAAGAAAACAAAUUUUUAUGACAUUAAAUAGUCAAAAUAUUAAUUGUUGUUAACGAUUAAAAAUUUAAAUUAAGAAAAAAAACGCAAACUGUGUAUACAAUAGACUUCGGAAUGGUAAUGUUAACUGUUAAGUAGGUACUAGUUAAAAAACUAUAAAUACUGAAUAGGUGCGAGUGGUAUGACUACACUUAGACCUUGGGUGUGAAUACGAAUAAAGAAAUAAUGCAAUUCAUUAUUCACUACCUUAUCUAUUGAUUGCAUGGAACUAAUUAUUUUCAUGGAAGAAGCUGAUUAUUUUCAUGGAAGAAACUGAACUCUAAUAAUUAUUUAAAUUAAGUAGUAAAUACCUUUUUCAAUGUAAAAAUCAUUUUUUGUAGUUUUAAUUUAAAUUAUAAAUUGAUUUUGUUUCAGGCCUUCAGGGGUUAUUAAAUGCAUGUAAUGAGGAGGCUUUAUCCUCCCAAUACCUCAUUUUUAUUAAAUAUUUAUAAUAAUAAUAUAAUGGUUGUUUUUAUAAUUAUGUUCGCCCCAUUUUUAUGGUAAAUUAUAAAUAAAUUCAAGUUCUGAUUUUUGGAAUUUUUAAAUAGAUAUUAUAUUGAAAAAACCAUAUUUUUUUCGGAUUUUUUAUAACAUUUAAGGAGUAUCCUGUAUUCCUGUGGUGAUGACAAAUUUGAUUUUUCUCCUACAUGUGUUGAUGUUAAUAAAAUUGUCAAUUAGUUGAUUUUUCUGAAAAUGUUGACAUAUUGUAAUCGAAAUUUGAACCAAACGUUUUUAAGUUAUCCUGCUUUAACCUAACUGCACGAAACAAAAAUAUAAAUUGCCUAUACUCGACUCCUAUGACAGUCUGUUUCCAAUCGCCACAAAACCCUAUUAUCGUAUUUAAAACUGAAUAACUCAGUAACUUUUUAUAAGAAUUUCAAUUACAAUCCAUCAUCUAAUUAAUAAUUUGCAACAGUACAUGUAAGUUCUCGUUUAAAAACCAUAAGUUGUUACCACAUGAUACUUCUUUGAUGUAAAAAAUCUAAAUAGUGUCCAUGCCAAAAUAUGAGGUGAGCAUGCUUAAAAGUUAAUCUGUAUAUUAUAUUAUAUCAUUAUAGUAAUAAAAAAGGUCACCCAUGUAAAUAAUAAUAGUUUUAGAAAAUUAUCUUGCAAAUUUCACUACCCCUCCUCCCAUGACCCUUAUGCCAAAAUAAUUUUACCACCAUUUUUUUUUUAAGAUUUCUAAUAUUUAUUUGCAUUAUAUGAAAUUAAAUAAACUGUAUAACUUCUGUAACACUAUAUAGUUCAUUAAUAAUACUUCAGUCAAGUGUUUUCCCAUCAAAUUUAAUUCAAUUCUAAAAAUAUUUAAGUAAACUUUUGGUUCAUUUUCAUGGCAGGUAUAUAUUAAUUUUAUUUUUAUUAAAAUUGUAUAUUGCCAAUAUAUUUCAUUGUAAAAUGUACCUAUUAACAUAACUUCAAUUAUCUAUUAUAAAUAAAUAAUAAAUAAUUUAUUAAAAUAAAGCCAGUAAACUAAUAAACUUACUUAUAAGUUGAAGGUUCUAUGAAUCUUGAAAAUUUAAUUUAAAUGCUACAAAUCUACAAUUUAAGUUAAUAAAAUUUAUACUUAUGUAAGUUGCACAUUUAAUUACCUAUUAUAUUAUUAUAAUAUGGUAUUACAUAAAUAUCUAGUCAUAUAUACAUGUAUUGUGUAUAAUAUACAGGUACAUUUCAUACUUUAAAAUAAAAAGUUUUUUUUAGGAAUUAAUGGAAUUGAAAAAACAUCCACAACUUCAUAUUCUCGAAGCAGGUAAAUAAAACAGGUAUUCUUUAACUAAUAGAAUGAAAUAUUUAAUACAUAAAAUGUAAACAUUUGUUAAGUAAAUUAUAAUACUUAUUAACAAUGCUUGUUUAUAUUUCUUAUUAAUUUGAUUGAUUAUUUAUUUAUUUUACUUUAUUUCUAGAUUUAGUUGAUCAUGGAUCAUUUUUUAAUUUGGCCUCUCAAGUUUCAAAUAUUGUCAAGGAUAAAGGCCUUAAUGUUCUAAUUAACAAUGCUGGAAUAUCAUCAAAAUUUACUAGAAUUGGUUUAGUUAAGUCUGAAGAUUUAUUAAAUCAAUUUAAGAUAAAUACUAUUGGUCCUAUAAUGUUAACACAAGUAAAAUACCCAUUUAUACUUUUUAUUAAUAUUAAUUUACAAAUUUAUCUUUGUUAAUCAAUAUAUUUUUACACAUUUUAGGCAUUAUUACCAUUGUUAAAAACGGCCUCGGAAAAAAAUGAAACUUCUACUGGUGUAAAUAAAGCUGUAAUUGUAAAUAUCAGUUCAAUAUUAGGUUCCAUUGCUCAGAAUGAUCAAGGUGGUUUUUAUGCAUAUAGAACAAGCAAAGUAAUAUUUAUUAUCAUUAUUAUCAAUAUAACUACUAAUUUUCUUUUUAGAAUGUACAAUUAAAUAUAGUUAGGUAAUGUAUUUUAUAUUAUUUUAGACUGCUUUAAAUGCGGCUACAAAAUCACUGAGCAUUGAUCUUAAGACUAACGGAAUAUUAGCUGUGAGCAUUCAUCCUGGAUGGGUAAAAACAGCAAUGGGUGGUGCAAACGCACCACUUCAAGUUGAACAAUCUACUGCUGGAAUUUGUAAUUUCUUGAAUAAUAUUAACGAAUCUCACAAUGGCGGAUUUUAUGAUUUUGAAGGAAAAGUACUUCUUUGGUAAAAUUGAAAGUAAAUUAAAAACCAUUGAAGUUUAAAUAGUAUUAUUUAUAUAAUAGCAUUUAAUAUUCUCUAGAAAUUUGUUCAAAAAUGAUAUUAAAGUUAUAAAAAAUAAAUUGUUUUCUUAAAGUUUUAUUUGUAUUAUACAUUUUUAUUAUAUGAUUUUGAAGGAAAAUAUAAUUUGGAGAUAUUGGCAGCUUUUUAAAAAUACGAUAAUAUUUAUAUUAUUUAUUUU